AUGGGAAGUGACUGGUCCAAGGUCACCGGCGAGAGGCGGGGAGCUGAGACACCGCAGCAGCGCGUACGGCCCGCUCCGCCUCCUUCGCGGGGUCGCCACCCGCGUCGUCAGGCCGUGGACAGGCCCUCCCUCCCGGUUUCUCACACGGAGCUGCCAGAACCGAGGCGGCGGUCACCUUGCGCGCGGCAGAGCUGCAGAGCCUGUCCAGAGCCCAGGAGUCGCCAGCGGCCCCGCCGGUCCGCGCGCCCGGAGCCCAAGGCAGCGCCCGAUCCGCAGCCCCGGUGGCCCACGCCGCGAGCGCGCGUCCGCGCCACCAGCCCCGACCCGCCAGGAUCCGCAUCCCCCCGGGCGACGCAGGCGUCAGGAGAAGGUCCCGAGGCGCGAUGGGAGCAUCGCCAGCCGCUCGGUUUCCUCCAAGACGCCGCGUUAGGGGCGGCGAACAGGAUCCAACCAGACUUUCGGAAACCAAGGGGACCAGGUGCCUGGACAGGACCGCCCAACUGGUGGAUCCGCCGGAACUCCGUAGACGGAGCGCCGCGCGCCGACGUCCGCACGUCGGAUGACGUCACGACGCUAGCGUGCCUCUGCGCGAGGGCGCCGGGGCGCCAGGACGUCCGGAUGUCAAACUUGGGACAAUUUGACUCUGAUUUUUACCAAUCUAAUUAUACCAUUGAGAAUCAGGAGCAGAGUUGUAAUGACUCCAGUGCCUAUGGAAAUCUUUAUGGAUCCGGAGAACAGCAAGCCAGUGAGCAGCCUCAGCUUGCCUUUGUCCCACCGGAGAUGCUCAUGUCAUCAGGUUACACUGGACAAUAUUUUCAGCCCGCAUCCAACCCGGAUUAUUAUUCACAGUCUCCUUACGUUGACAGUUUUGAUGAAGAGCCUCCUUUGCUAGAAGAACUUGGAAUUAAUUUUGAUCACAUAUGGCAAAAAACCUUGACAGUGUUAAACCCACUGAAGCCAGCAGAUGGCAGCAUUAUGAAUGAAACCGACCUGGCUGGGCCCAUCCUGUUCUGUGUGGCGCUGGGAGCCACCCUGCUUCUGGUAAAGGACAGCGGCAUCAGAUUUAAACGUGUGUCCUUUCCAAUGUGGUUUUUGCAGAGUGCUUUGGAAACACAGAAGGCAGCAGGAAAAGUUCAGUUUGGUUACAUAUAUGGCAUGAGUGCCAUCGGCUGCCUAGGGAUUUAUGCCUUACUAAACUUGAUGAGCUCUUCUGGGGUGUCCUAUGGCUGCGUGGCGAGUGUGCUGGGAUACUGCCUGCUCCCCAUGGUCAUCCUGUCUGGCAGUGCUGUCUUCUUUUCACUGCAGGGCACGAUCGGUACUGUGUUGGCACUGGUCAUCAUUGUCUGGUGUAGUCUCUCAGCUUCCAAAAUCUUCAUUUCCGCCUUGGACAUGGAAGGACAACAGCUUCUCGUUGCCUACCCGUGUGCUUUGCUUUAUGGACUUUUUGCCCUCUUAACAGUUUUCUGAAGAGUAUUUGAGAUGGCAUUACAAGAUUCUGUUUAUUUGCUGUUCAGAUUAUUCUGGAAAUGUAUUAGCUUUCAAAUUUGGUAAUAUGUUUUAUUGCCAUUAAGAGACUAAUAAGCAGAAAAACAAAAAGGCACUUACAGAUGCUGCUCUAAUAGCAUGCUUGGUUUGAAUGAUGUGCUGCGUCUCAGCUUGAUGCAUUAAAACAUUUAAACAUACUUUAAAAUAAAAGGGAUAAAGUUGUACUGAUGGACCCUGCUUUUCCAAUAGAUGCAUUUCUGAGAAAUUGUAAGUAAAUAAAAUCACAUGCUGACUGGA